AUGAGGAUCAAGUCCUAUGCCCUCGUCCCCCCGGCACCCUUCAUGGCACACGGCGGUGACGAUGAUGAGGACAUCGAGGACGAGGCCGAGAUCCAGGACGACGACUUGGACGAAAUUGAUGAGAUGGCUGAAGACGAAGUCGACCUUUUCAGAGAGGGUUUCGAACAAGAUUACAGAGCCAAGGAAGAUGAUGGAUACGAAGGCAUUGAUAUCGAUGACGAGGGCGAGUUCGGCGACAUGGACCUCGCUGAGAGACGAAAGCUUGAAGCCCAGCUCAACCGCCGAGAUAGAGAGGUUGCUCGUCGGCAAAGAAUUCCUGCCGCUUUCCUUCCGGGCGAAGACGAUGAAGGCGAUAUUGAUCUCUCGGCUCAGCCUCGACGCCGUCGUCACCACUACGAUGAAGACCCCGACGAAGACAUGGAUGCCGAUAUUAUGGAUGAGGAGCUUUCACUCGAGGCCCUCCAAGAUGUCAAGGCUGCCAGUCUGACCGAAUGGGUAUCUCAACCCUUUGUGCAACGAACCAUCAAGAGGGAGUUCAAAGCUUUCUUGACGGAGUACACCGACGAGCAUGGCUCCUCGGUCUAUGGCAACCGUAUUCGGACCCUCGGUGAGAUCAACGCUGAGUCUCUCGAGGUUUCCUACGAACAUCUCUCCACAUCCAAGGCCAUCCUGGCUUACUUUCUGGCCAAUGCACCGGCUGAGAUGCUGAAGCUUUUCGAUGAAGUUGCCAUGGAUGUUGUGCUCCUUCACUACCCCGACUACGAGCGUAUCCACGCUGAAAUCCAUGUCCGCAUUUUCGACCUCCCUGUCCACUACACCCUGAGACAGCUUCGUCAAUCCCACCUGAACUGUUUGGUGCGUGUCAGUGGUGUUGUGACGAAAAGAACAGGUGUCUUCCCUCAGCUCAAGUAUGUCAAGUUCGACUGCACGAAGUGCGGCAUCACUCUUGGCCCUUUCCAACAGGAGUCCAACGUUGAAGUGAAGAUUUCGUACUGCCAGGCCUGCCAGUCUCGGGGUCCUUUCACACUCAACUCGGAGAAGACCGUGUACCGCAACUACCAGAAGCUCACCCUUCAAGAGUCCCCCGGCACCGUUCCGGCAGGUCGCUUGCCUCGCCACAGAGAUGUCAUCCUCCUGUGGGAUCUCAUUGACAAGGCCAAGCCUGGUGAAGAGAUUGAGGUUACUGGUGUUUACCGAAACAACUACGACGCUCAGCUGAACAACAGGAACGGCUUCCCUGUUUUCGCUACCAUCCUGGAAGCAAACAAUGUCAUCAAGUCUCACGACCAGUUGGCAGGUUUCCGUAUGACGGAGGAGGAUGAAAAUGAGAUUCGAAAGCUUUCGAGAGAGCCCGGCAUCAUCGAUAAGAUCAUCAAUUCCAUGGCACCAAGUAUUUAUGGUCACACGGAUAUCAAGACGGCCGUAGCGCUGUCUCUCUUUGGUGGAGUCGCCAAGGUGGGACGGGGUUCUCACCAAGUUCGAGGUGACAUCAACGUUUUGCUUCUGGGUGACCCUGGUACCGCCAAAUCUCAGGUCCUCAAGUAUGUUGAAAAGACGGCACACAGGGCCGUCUUUGCAACAGGUCAAGGAGCCAGUGCCGUUGGUUUGACGGCCAGUGUCCGGCGAGACCCUCUGACUAGCGAGUGGACUCUGGAAGGCGGCGCCUUGGUGCUGGCGGACAAGGGCACGUGCUUGAUCGAUGAGUUCGACAAGAUGAACGACCAGGACCGUACAUCUAUCCACGAGGCCAUGGAACAACAGACUAUCUCCAUUUCCAAGGCCGGUAUUGUGACGACCCUCCAGGCUCGUUGCGGUAUCAUCGCUGCUGCCAACCCAAUUGGUGGACGAUACAACUCGACCAUCCCAUUUUCCGCCAAUGUCGAACUCACCGAGCCUAUUCUUUCUCGUUUCGACAUUCUGUGUGUAGUCCGAGAUACCGUUGAGCCUGAAGAGGACGAACGCCUUGCUCGCUUCAUUGUUGGCUCGCACAGCCGCAGUCACCCUUCGUCAUCGCAGCCUGGGGAGGACUCGAUGGAGGUGGAGCACGAGUCAGAGAACAGGGAAACACAAGCCGAAUCGCAGAGAAAGGAGGGUGAGAUUCCUCAGGAACUUCUCCGCAAGUAUAUCUUGUAUGCGCGUGACCGCGUCAGUCCGAAGUUGUACAACAUGGACGAGGACAAGGUCGCUCGUCUGUUUGCUGAUAUGAGACGAGAGUCUCUGGCCACUGGCGCAUACCCCAUCACAGUGCGUCAUCUUGAGGCCAUCAUCCGCAUUAGCGAAGCCUUUGCGAAGAUGAGACUCUCAGAGUACUGCAAGGCGGAGGAUAUCGACAGAGCCAUUGCUGUGACCGUUGAGAGUUUCGUCGGCAGCCAAAAGGUUAGCUGCAAGAAGGCGCUGGCACGGGCUUUCGCCAAGUACACGUUGAACAAGCCGAGCGGCAACUGGCAAAGGAGGGCUGGAGCCAGUCAGGCAUCGAGACGCGCAGGUGUCAUGCGAGCUUGA